AUGGCUGCAGAGAGAAAUCAAAAACUCCGGUCGGCGAACCGAGCCCAGCUAACGAAGCUAUUUCAACGAGCAUCAAGUUUGAUGUCUGAUGAGCCGUCCGUAGAGAAUGUGGAAACGUUGGACCUAACGUACGAACUAAUCGAGGAAAAGAUGGACUAUCUAAAAACAUUAGACGAGAGGAUUCUAUCCAAACUUUCAGAUGAAAAGAUGGAAGACGGCGUUGCCGAAGCAGACGAAUUUAUGUUUUCAGCUAAAGAGAAGCUCCGUCGCAUUCGAAAACAUAAAGAAAAUAUACAGUCAGAAGAACGCCGAAGCGAGCCUUCGAUUUCUAACGCUCCCACUCCAAGUGAUGACCCUCCGCGGAGCAACAUGAAACGAAAUUACAGGCUCCCCAAACUCAUCCUAUCCAGGUUUGACGGAAAUCUCCUUCAAUGGCCCGCUUUCAACGACGACUUCGUCAGUGCUAUAGACGAAAACGAGACGCUAUCUACUAUCGAGAAAUUCCAGUUUUUACGGGCGCAGUUGGAUGGCGAAGCGUUUUCUACGAUCGCGGGAUUACAGCUUACGGCUAAUAAUUACGAAAAUGCGAAGGAACUUCUUCGAGAAAGGUAUGGACAAACUCACAAAAUCAUUAACGCAUUCAUGAGAGCUCUUUGGGAGCUUCCACGCCCCGAUGAAGAUAUAAAAUCAUUGAGAUUUUUCUACGAUAGGAUCGAGACUUUUAUUAGAGGACUCAGCUCUUUAGGAAAAGAAGAACAAAGUUAUGGAGAACUCUUGAUUCCUAUGAUUCUAGAUAAAUUGCCUGCCAACACGCGCAGACAAAUCGCAAGAGCGCAUGGAAACAAUGAAUGGUCAAUCGCCGAUCUGCGCAGUACACUUAAGUCUGAGAUCGACGCCCUACAAGCUGGAGAAAUAGACGGGUUCAACCAAGAGAAAUCGUACCGACCCACUGCUGCGUUUUUCACCAAUAGUAACACGAAGAAAACGACGAACAAGCCGAAAAGAAAAAUGAAAUGCGCUUUCUGCAAAAAUGAACAUAGCUCUAUCACGUGCCCAGUUGUGUCGGAACAGGAAAAACGCUUUGAAAUAGCAAAAAGAGACAAUUUAUGCUUUAACUGUCUUACGCCCAACCAUUCAAGCCGAAAAUGCCUGUCUAAAUUUCGCUGCAGAAGUUGCAAUGGAAAACACCACACCGCCCUUCAUGCUAAGCAAAACAGUGAACCAAGCGCCGCUCAGAAAGCGCGGGAACCGCCUGCCGUGGAACAUGCGGCGAGCACCUUCACUCAAGGGGCAAAAAAUCAAAGGAAUGUUGUCUUGUUAAAAACGGCUAUCGUGGAGGUCUCCAACAAACAAACACCCUUCCAAUUAUCGGCAACUAGUGGGGUCUUGUUCGACGAAGGAGCGACCAGAUCAUUCAUCACAGAAGAGCUUGUUCAUAAACUUCAGCUCCAGCCAACUCAUUCUGAGGAGAUCAAUCUGUCUGUAUUUGGAAUGGACUGUAAACAACCUCAGACUUUUGACAUCGUCACAAUCUCCCUGAAAACAACAUCAAAAGAAUUUGUUGAUAUUAACGCAGUCGUCGUUCCUGAAAUUUCCGCUCCACUCCAUAAUUUAGUGACACGUAGGAUAGCCAAUUUGUCCCACUUAAGGAACUUGAGACUGGCUCACACACCAUCUGAUGACAGAUCGCCUUUUUUCGUCUCUGUGCUAAUUGGUGCCGAUCAUUACUGGGACUUUGUUGAAGAUACAAUCGUGCGAGGUCCAGGGCCCACCGCUGUCGCUUCCAAAUUUGGAUACUUACUCUCGGGCCCCGCCCACUCCGAUGACUACGUCACAGCAAACGACACCGCUUUUCAUGUCAUGGCGAAACAGCGCAACGCAGAAGACGAUACCCUGGACAAAUUCUGGAACCUAGAAUCCAUUGGCAUUAAAGACAAUAAACAAACUGUCCAGGAUCCCUCCGAUUUUCAGAAUUUCCAGAGAAAUUACAUUGAAAAACGUGAUGACCAAUAUGUGGCCAAAUUGCCGUGGAAAACCGACCACAGUCCUUUGCCUACGAAUUAUCGCAACGCAUGUCAUCGAACACGUAAUACCGUGCGCAAGUUACCAGUAGAAACGCGACGCGUGUAUGACACUAUCAUCAGGAAUCAAGAGAAACGCAACUUUAUUGAGAAAACUUGUUAA